AUGGCCGCUCGCGACGAGUGCUACAGCCCGCUAAGCUACAGCCCCCUCAGCAGCCCCGUGUCCAGACACUACUAUAACGAGGAUGGGAACGAAGCUACAGCCGGCGGGCAUUACCGGAAAGACUCGGGGCAAUUAUUAGACGAGGCGUGGGAGACGCUGGCGGACGAAACUCCGCUCUCCGUUCCCCCGCAGCACGACAUUGUCCCCCGAUCGCGCAGCAGCACGUCCCCGCUGCACUCGCGCCCGGGGGGAGCCGCGUCCAAGAUCAGCGAAUCCGACUUGCGAAACUUCGCGAAUUUCGUCAAGACCAAGACAGUUACGGAGUCCGCGGGCGGGGGAAGCGGUCGCUCGUCGAGCGGGGGGGCCAGCGGCGGGGCCGGCAAGGACGGAGGUGGAAAGUUCCAGCGCCUCUGGUCGUUUCGGAACGGCGCGAAAGGAGGGGAAGAAGGGGGAGAUGGCGGAGGCGGAGGGGCAGGGGGGACCGCGGGGACCGGCACCGGGGGAAGCGGCACGGCGGGGAGCGCGGAAGGCAGGAGCGGGGGAAGCGGGAAGAAGGAGCGGUUUCUCGAGCAGGUGAUUAAAACGGGCGGACAAGCAGCCCGCGUGUGGUCCAAUCCGCGUCGCCGAAGUUUCGCGGAAGACGACGCGCCUUCGCCGAUGCGGUCCGCGACAUUCACGCGCGCUACGAUUAGGACUAGCAUCGGGGGCGGAAGCAGCACGGGCGGAAGCAGCGGUGGCGGAAGCAACAGCGGCUCAAUUCCCGCUUCCGCGUCGGUGGACGACGGGGACGAAUCACCCCCCGAUUUCUUCCGCCGGUCCGCAACCGUGUGCUCUUCCGAUGCCGCGUCGCUCGAGCUGACGCAGCAAGCCAAGCAAUAUCCACAGCAACAACAGCAGCAGCAGCAUCAGAAGCUUCAGCUGUCGCAGCAGCAGUGGGCGGCGUCUGGUCUCGCUUCCGGUUCCGCCUGCGGGGGACGCUCGGAGUCGCCCCCGCAGGAUCCCCGCAGCGGCAGCGCGGGGAAAUCGCGGAACAAUAUCCGGGGUAGCGUGAGUGGAGAAGCGAGCAGCGACGCCGCUGGGAGCGGUUCGGAACACCGCAGCAUAAGUGGUGUCGCCCGUAGCGGAAGCGUCGGCAGCGGCAGCGGCGGUAACGGCGACGGCGGUGGCGGCUUUGUCGCUAACAACUCUCCUUUCAACGCCCGACCUAGAUCGCCUGCUUUUCCGCGGCCCAGGUCCCCGAUUUGCGCGCCUUCGCGGGCAGCUGCAGCGGCGGCACCGCCGCCAAAAGUGGCGUAUUUUUCGUUCGACCGGCACCGGGAAGCGGUGGCGGAAGCGGAGCAGUUAGAUGCGGAAGAAGAGGCGGCGUCCCGCCAGGGAAGGCGGAGGGAUGCGUUCAAAAGCGCGAGCGUUGGUUCGAGUAGCAGCGCUAGCGCGGGCGGAGGCGCAGGGGAUGGUGGGAACGCGAACGGGGCUGGCGGUGGUGUGGGAUGGCCUGCAGAAAGUGGCGGAAACGCGGAGGGAAGCGCGCAAGUUUUGCGCCGAGGAGCGAAGGGGGGGAGUUUCGAAAGUAUGGCGCAGGCGGGGCCGAUUGGAGGUGUGGGCGAAUUCGGUAGCGGGCGGCGGAGCGGGGUUGCGCGGGGAGCAAAGGGUGAAGGCACAGCGCGUGCGUGGGAAUUGACCAUUACGCAGGAUGGUGACUAUGGCGAGGGGAAGGACGACGAGCGCGAGUUGACCCCCACGAAGGACGCUUCGUCAAAGCAUCGACGAGGAUUCAGGAGUCGCAGCUUCAGUGGAAUCGGCACUCUCAACGGAACCAACUCCCCCGAAGCCCCCACCCUCCCAACCUUCCCCUCCUCUUCCUCUCCCAACCCCGGAAGCCCCCUCUCCUCCGAACGACGCACAUACUCCCCCCACGCCUCCCUCCCCACCUCCACCUCCUCCUCCUCGCGAGUCCGCCCCCCCCGGUCCUCCACAGGUGUGAUUCUCCCGCCUCUUGGUGCUUCUUCCCACGGCCACCAUCCCCAUCACAGGCCCACAAUCCCCCAUCGCCGUACAGUAGGGGAUUAUGAAGUAGAUGCUGAUGAUGAGUCGCCCGGACGUAGCCCGUACAACCGGCAGCCGCAGGCUCGGCGGAACCGAACCGAGGUGACGCGGCGCCGACCCUCCACCGCCAUGCCGGACGUCGGGGGGGGAGGUUCGGAAGACGGGUCGUACCGGAGGUCUAGGAGCGUCGGGCAUGGGUACGAGCUGUAUUUACCCCCGGUUUCUGGGGGUAUUGGUGCGGGGGAGGGGUGUUAUGAAGGUAGAGGGGAGCGGGAGGCAGGAGAACAGUAUGCUGAUGGUAGGUCGGACGGAAGGCUGCAGCAGAAGCAGGGAAUGGGGAGUGGUGGUGGUGGCAGAGGGAGGGCUGGAGGGGAAGGAGAGGAGGAGGGCCGCUUGGAAGAGGGGGAGAGGAGAAGGGCUGAUUAUGUGCGGCAGCGAGAGAGCUCGCAGCAGCACAAGCAGCAGCAGCAGUAUGCGGAGGGUAGCCUCACCCAGUCUGCCUCUCCCCUCCGCCACUUUAACCGCUGCUUCAACCGCCGCGCAGCCGCGACGGCCGGCGUGUUAGCGCCAUCCGCGGAUGCUGCUGCUGUUACGAGAUUAAUAACAGUUGUCAACGGAGGUGCCGCCGGCACCAACGCGCUAACCGCAGCCGUCGAGAACAUCGCGGCUCGGUCGCUAUCCGUCGCCACCCAGGCCUCCUUAUUCACUGCCGUUGCCCUUUUCGUCAGCAACUCGCCCGCAGUAGCCGCUGAUGACGUGGUGGCAGCUGACGUGGCAAGCUCUCCGUUUCCGCAGGAGAUUCGACGCGGCGCACCGCGGCAUCAGAUUGGCACCCAGUCUCUCGCGCAAAUCGCGGCUUCUCAACUGCGAACCGCGCCGCCCUUAACGGUUACAUCCACUGACGUCGUAGAAACGGCAGAAGUGGCGGCGGCGGACACGGCGGAUAUGGCGGAACAGGCGGACACAGCGGCAGCGGAGGCGGCGGAGGCGGCGGAAGCUCCCAAGGUGCUGGACGGAGCGCGCCUGCUGACGGAGAGCCAGCGCGGCGCGAUGCUGCGACAGCUGUCGGAUCUGGAGUCGCGCGACGGGUGGCGGAUUCGCGUGGCGACGCGGUACGGGAUGGAGAACGGUUUAGAUGGCAAACAGAUUCGCGACUUGUGGCAGCCGUCGGAUCGGACGGUGAUUGUGGUGGCUGACGUGGCAUCACCCAACAUCCUCAGCUUCAGCAUUGGAGAGGCUGUGCGGUCCAAGCUGCCUUACCAGUUCUUCACAGAGCUGCAAUCCAGGUACGGCAAUCAGUUCUUCGUUCGGCAAGAGGGCGAGUCCGAAGCUCUCACUCGCUCCGUCGAUGCCAUCCGAACCUGCCUCACCGAGCCUAACGGCUGCCUCAAGGUCCCAGGCCUGGUAGACGACCUCUACUUCCUCACGCUCGGCGUGUCCGUAGCUGCAGGUGCGGUUUUCGGCUUUUCUGCGCGACUCCCGCCCCAUGGCCAAGUGGAAGCUUCCUGGCAAUGGGUGGCGAUUUUCUCGCCCCUCUGGCUGUUUCUGCUGCUGGCAUUUGGGGUGUUCCCUGUGGUCGAUCGGACGGCUGAUCUUGAACCGUUGAUUAAGAAUCUGUUAGGGUUUGCAGGGAGUGCAGGAGCAGUGUAUAUGACACCGAUUUUAGGGGAGAGCCCUGUUGCUAGGCUAGGGAAGACUCAAAAGGAAGAUGGAGACGUUUGA